UCCGCCGUCAAGCUGCAUCCUCACCUCCACAUGACUUUGCCUUCGUAUAGAGCUGGAGUCGUCACUUGGCAUUACCAAUCCCCCUUUUACGCUGGUACCUCUCCUCUAUUAUCAUCCCCGAGGCAGGUGUGACACCUUCCUCCCUCUGAGCGCGGAGAGGAAUGACAUGAGAGCGCAGCUAUUUUGGAGUCGACGACGCCGGCCGUAUCUCGGUGAUUCCGUCAUCCCACGCCCUUCCCAUCCCACGAACCGAGUCAUGGACCGAUCAGCGUGACGAUCCAGGGGAAAAAGCCCAUCUGACUGGCAACUGAUGCAACCGGGCCACAGAAGCGAGGCCCAAUUCCGCAGAUUCGCGCGCUCGACUCGACGCAUGUGUCCGUUCGGUCAAACCACCGCUUCCCACCGAGCUCUGUGACUGGUCAGAGAGGGCCCAGCAGUAAAAAAACUUUUUGUUUGACCCUCUGAGGACAGGAUGCGCGUGCGAUAUGCUUCCAUGGUGCCAUCAUCCGUCUCGGGGAUACAUCGCCCUCCGCGGUGGGCAGUAGCCGCUGCCGUUAUCCGGUCAGUGACGGUGGCGGGCAGCCACCAUGGGCAAGAGGCGAUAUCCUGUUGGAGGGAAGGGAGCCUCGAGCGAGUCGGCUCUUUUUUUCACGCCCUCCAAAUACGCUCCUGACCGGCCCUGGGUUUGUCAUUGACCUCCCCCUCAGCGUACACACCGGGACCCCAAGACUCCCAAGCCAUAAGUCAGAGGGAGAGCCAAAACAAUGAGGGUGAAUCUCUCAAGUCGUUCCUGAUCCAAACAAGCCCAACAUGGGGGAAAUCAUCGUCCGAGAAUCGAGGCCCUCGCCGCCACCGGGAGCCAGCGAUAAGGUCGAAACCACCACAGACACGGACAGCCUAGCACCCUCCGAAGAACCCGUUCCGAUCUUGGAACCUCCUUCUCAUCGCUCAAGCACGAGUCCUCCCGAUACACUGACUGAGGAUGGCACCACAUAUGUCUACCUGACAUUUGACACUCAGAUCCCAUUCGACGACUUCUCGUCUGGCGCAUCGUCAAUACCCCCGCCGAAUCUCAAAAAAUAUGAAUCACCACUCACCUGGUCCACCACGCACAAGACCAUCAUCUUGAUAUUAUCAUGUGGCUGUACCUUCCUUGCUGCGUACAGCGCCGGUUCCUAUUCCAUUGCUGCGCAGCCGCAACGCGAGAAAUGGCACCUGUCUGAAGUCGCCUUCAACACUGGCGUCACGACAUGGGCGACAGGUUUCGCUGUGUCCCCCAUGUUUCUUGCGCCCUUUUCGGAAAUCAAUGGUCGGCGACCUGUCUUCAUUGGUUCUGCAGUCAUGUUCCUGGCGGGUCUCAUUGCUUGCGCAACCACUCCGUCCUUCGGCGGAAUGCUGGUAGCUCGAUUCUUCGUUGGGGCUGGGGCCAGCACUUUUGCGACUAUGGUUGGAGGCGUCAUGUCUGACUUGUAUCAUGCUGAACAUCGGAAUACGCCAAUGGCCAUAUACAGCGGUGCGGCACUUGCAGGCACUGGCAUGGGACCACUUGUCUCUGGCUUCAUCGUCGGUCGCGCUAGUUUCCGCUGGAUCUAUUAUCAUCAGAUCAUCUCUCUUGGGAUCAUGCUGGUCGUUGUGUACCUCUUCUUCAAAGAGACACGGGGUUCAGUACUCCUCAGCCGUCGAGCGAAGGUAUUGAAUGCAUACCUCGAUGAGGUCGAGAAAGAGUCGGUCAGCUCUUCUGACGAGAAGCCAAGCCCACAGACCCGUAUCCGCUACAGAGUUGCAGCGGAUGAAAGCCGAUCCUCGCUUGCCCACAUGCUGUACCUGUCACUGACGAUUCCUUUCAAGCUCCUCACCACAGAACCCGUCGUCUUUUUCUUUUCACUGUGGGUAGCCUUUGCCUGGGCUCUGCUGUACAUGACAUUCUCCGUCAUCCCCCUGGUGUUUCAGACUCGCCACAACUUCAACGUCGAGCAGAGCGGAGGAGUCUUCGCUGCCAUCGCCAUUGGAUCUGUGUUGGCGACCGUGUUAUCGAUUUAUCAGGAGAAGCUGGCGAAGAUGAGAUGGCCCAAACUCAACAGCAGCCCUGAGGGAAGACUGUAUUUCCCUUGUCUUGAGGGGGCUUUGUUACCGAUCGGCCUCUUCUGGUUCGGAUGGACCACGUAUUCUUCCAUUCCUUGGAUAUCACCAGUCCUCGCCAUUGGAUGUGCACAGAUGGGCAUCUUCGUCAUUUACCUGGCCGUCUUCAAUUAUCUGGCUGACGUCUACCAUCGCUAUGCUUCGUCAGCAUUGGCUGCCCAGAGCUUUAUGCGGAACAUCUUCGCUGCCGUGUUCCCGCUGUUCACGAAUCAAAUGUUCAACAAUCUGGAUUAUCCGCCGGCUGCCAGUCUGCUGGGAGGUAUUGCCGCCUUGUUAACGGUGGUGCCCUGGGUGCUUCUAUUCAACGGUGAGAAGAUUCGUGCGCGCAGUAAGAUUGCGAGGCAGAUUAUGUCGACGCAAGGGACUUGAGAGAGACGUCGAAUAUGAGAUUUCAUCAAAAGCAUUGGGGGUUGGUAUUCAACAGCCGGGAAUCGAGUAUCAGAAUAUAUCGCAAGCAUUGGACGUCGGAGUUCCGCCACAGCAGGGUCGACUUACAGCAUAUAGGACAGCGUGUUGACAAGCAUGGCUAUUCCAGAAGCAUAGGUUACCAUUGCAGGAUUCAAUGGCACUAAUGAUCAACAUUCAAGGAGGUGUUAUGUAUAUUCAUGAGACUCCAGAAUGUUAGUCUAGCAGGAAAAUAUAAGAGGUAAUAUGCUUAACCGAGUGCCGGCCAUGCAAGUCUCCUAGAAGAGGGGAAGAUGAGUUUGCAUCUUUGAUUUAUUAGGCGCAAAUCAGCCUUACCGGGCAGUAUAGCGUAUCGCUGCUGAGCAUGGAGGCGUGAGAUAUUACCGAACGCGUGUACCCCAACUCGGGGAACAAUGGUGUUCAGAGCCGUGAACGGUCCAAUGAACUGGGGGCUGCGUAGCGCAUAUAUCCAUAGUGUGCGAGAGAGAGUGUGUGGCAUAUAUACUCCCGACCUAAUCACAACGGGUAUACCGGACGGCUGAAGGGCUGGGCUCUGUGCUGCUGUAGAUAGAUAGGUACCUAACGAAGGUAGUGUGGUCGUGCG